AUGCUUGACAACGGAGCAUCGCUGCGCUUCUGCCUCGCAACCCGCAAGCCGGAGGAUGGGUCGUGGUCCGUCCUCUCAGUGCCUCUUUGUGGCUGGGUGGCAAUCGGACAAGGGUCACGUGGCGUGCGCUGGCUUAUUAAUGCAGGCAGGCUGUGGCUGGUGCGCGCCGCAGCUGCCAGCUCUUUCGCUCUGCCGCCAGAAUUUUCAGGCCAAACUAACUUUUCUGCCUUCCUUAGCAUCGGAGCUCUCUCUCACCCAUCAAUCCAAGCUACGAAAGCCGACGCGCGUGUCAUCGCAAAGUACGCAAAGUACGACCCUAAUAUCCUGAGCGCUGCCAUACCGCGCCUUCCUGUUCCUUUCUUCCAUCAUCUUCUACCCUUUGCGUCUUUAUUGCAGUUUCCCUGCCGAGGACUCCCGGGAAGUCGCGACCUUCUCUUCGUCACCAAACCGCCCCCCGGUCACGACCUACCUUUUUUCCCCCGACCAUCGAACCGCAUUCUUCUAGACAACAACCCCCCGACAUCAGUCAAGCUGGACAUCGCAGCGCGCUUCCCGCUCAAUAUGUCCGUCGUCUAUGAGCCCAGAAACUUCAUGCACGACGGGUCAUACCCUCCCAUUGGAGACCCAGACCAUGACCACAAUGACCCGACAGCGCAGUACCAGGCGUCCGACGUCCCGGAGCUUGCCUCCUACAACCCCACAACGUCGAUGCUGGGAGACGACCGUUCUCUGAUGCCUGAUGGCCUCGGCGACACUACCAUCGACGUUCCAGAUGCCACGCGACUCGACCUCUCCGCGCCGCCGAGUCUCGCCUCGCUCCCUUCGAACUUGCCUCCCGCUAUGCCUGACCCGCUGCCCUCGAACAACACCGUCGUCACACCCCACAAGGACGAGGCCGAGGCGUCAACCCCAUCAUCGAGGGUCAAGUGCAUACCAAAGCCCGAGCGCGAGGUCACCAAGCAGGCAGAUGGCAAGUUCUAUUGCACAUUCCCGGGAUGUACGGAGGAGACACAGGUCUUCACCCGGAAGUGCGAAUGGAGCAAGCACAUGGACAAGCACGAGCGACCCUACCGAUGCGCCGCCGAAGGCUGCGAGAAGUUGCCUGGAUUCACUUACUCCGGAGGCCUCCUGCGUCACGAGCGCGAAGUCCAUGGCAAGCAUGGUGGACCCAAGAAUACUGUCAACUGUCCCCACCCGAAUUGCAAACGUCACACAGGCAAAGGCUUCUCACGACAAGAGAACUUGAACGAACAUUUGCGCCGGGUACAUACUAGUGACGGUUCCAGCACCGUUCAGGACGACGUGCAGACUGGUAGCGACGGCGACAGCGAGAAGGGUCUCAUGGGUAGCCUCGUCAACAUGGGCGGUAGCAACAAGCGCAAGCGCUCGCGCAAGAGCUCUGAUGCUGGCUUUGAGGAGCUGCGCGAGGAGAUCAAGCGCGUGCGCAUGGAGAACGAGGAUCUGCGCCAGCAGCUCGAGAGACACAACCAGCACAGCUUCGCCAUGAUGUCGCAGAUUGCGGAACUGCAAGAGGCGCUGCGCACGAAUCUCGACGCCGCUGGGCUCACUGCUCCCACUGCCACGAUGUUGUAG